GAGCUCUCUGAGCCACAGAGAGGACCGCAGCUGACCAUGGAGGGCAGAGGCCCGCUGGUCACAUCGCCGCGGUGGCUGUCACUGCUGUUGUUACUGCUUCCACCUCCCGGCCACCAGGGACAGGCCCCGAGACAUGGUCUCUCCACCCAGAGGGUCCAGGACCCCCCUGCUGUGCACCUCAGCAAUGGCUCAGGACAAGAGCCUAUCAGCAUCAUGACUUUUGACUUCACCAAGAUCAGGAAAAGCUCUUCCUCCUUUGAGCUUCGAACCUGGGAUCCAAAGGGGGUGAUGUUUUAUGGCGAUACCAACCCAGACGAUGACUGGUUUGUGCUAGGACUUCGAGAUGGCAGGUCUGAGAUCCAGCUGCACAAUCAGCUGGCCCAGCUUACAGUGGGCGCGGGGCCCCGGCUGGAUGAUGGCAGGUGGCACCAGUUGGAAGUGAAGAUCCUUGACGAUUCGCUGCUACUGAGUGUGGACAGGGAGGAGGUGCUGCGCCUGAGACAGGUCUCUGGGCCCCUGGCCAGCAAACCCCAGCCCAUCGUCAGAAUUGCUGGGGGACUCCUGUUCCCCGUCUCCAGCCUCCGUUUGCCGCUGGUCCCUGCCCUGGAUGGCUGCCUGCGCCGGGGUAACUGGCUGGACCCACAGGCCCAGACCUCGGGAUCUGCUCCUACUAGCAGCCUCAGAAGCUGUGCCGUCGAGUCCCAACCUGGGACGUUCUUCCCACCAGGGACCCGUGCAGAAUUCAAUCUCCAAGACAUUCCCCAGCCUCAUGUCGAGCCCUGGGCCUUUUCUCUGGACCUGGGACUCCAGCUGGCAGCAGGCUCCGGCCGCCUCCUUGCCCUUGGGACCCCAGAAAACCCUUCUCGGCUCAGCCUCCACCUCCAAGAUCAAAAGGUGGUGCUGUCCUCUGGGUUGGGGCCAGAGCUGGAUCUGCCCUUGGUCUUGGGACUCCCUCUUCAGCUGAAGCUGGCUGCAUCCGAGGUGGUCUUGAGCCAGGGGUCUAAGAAGGAGAUCCUUGCUUUACCUGCCUUGGACUCGGACCUUGCCUCCCUCCUCAAGCUCUGGGUCCAGCCGCAGGGGCGCCUCUUCCUGGGGGCUCUGUCAGGAGAGGCCUCUUCUGCCUCCUUUUGCUUGGAUGGCCUUUGGGCACAAGGCCAGAAGCUGGACAUGGACCGGGCCCUGAGCAGAAGUCAGGACAUCUGGACUCACAGCUGUCCCCAGGGCCCAAACAAUAGCACCAGCACCACCCAUUAAAUCCCCA